AUGAUAGCCAACCAAGAGUCUUUUGGCAAAGCCACCAACAGCGCAGGCCUCCACGAGCCUGUGACCUUUCGAUGGCGUGUCACUGGCUACUACACCCCCGACCUUCUCGAGAGCCACCUUGAAAGACUGACCAAGUCUACCGAAAAGUACCUGAAAGAUUGUCCCUGGCCAGCCAAAGAACUCGAGUAUGGGCAUCUCAGGGUCAAGUCGAUGCCUCUGUGCUCCCGCGAGGAACGCAACAAGGCUCCUUUGGACAAGAACGGAAGAGCGUACUUUGACAUGACGGUACAUGAAUCCAGCGUCUCGUUUGUUCAAAUAACUGUUCAGCUCAACCCUGGACGCAUCUUCAUUCCGCAGAAUCUGGUCGAAUUGCACGAAACGCUCUAUGACUGCCUGUUUCCCAGACGUGGUGAAAAGUACCCUGUUACCAAGGGCUCCGGCUUUUGCAGUAAACUGCCCAUUGGUGGUUUUGAGGAGUCAAAUCACAUCUUUAGUCUCGUGAGCCUUUGCUGGACUGAUGCACUAUCAACAGCCCUGAAAGGAGUGUUCAUCAGAAGGGGGAUCAUCACCCACACGCGUGCUCCAGAGCAUUUUCCCGCCUCCGCAAUCGUGGUCUUUAUGGAAAACAACCUUCUGAGGCUUAAGGCCGGUUCUACAGAGUCCGCCGAAGAGCUUUCACAUGAGUGCAACGGUCCAAUUGCCGUCCAGACAGUCGUACACGAUCUACUUAAUACUUACCUCACAUCGUGGGAGGCCUUCAAGCAUACGCUCGCUGCGACCAAGUACGAGGACAUUGCACCAAAGAUGAUCAAGAACAUCGUGACCAAUGCCGAGAUCAUGCUAUCUUGCUUGAAUAGACUCAUCAAUAAUAUUGAGCGCCAUGUCGGGAAGCCCGUCCCGGGAUCCAAGAGUCGAUUCUUCCUCAAGAGGUGGAUCAAGGACUGUUUCCGAACAGCGGAACCGCCUACCGUUUGCCUUGACACUGACAUCACGGGCUUUGACGUUGAUCGUUCCAAGUGCAUGCUUCACCGCAAACUUCGUCGCUACAAAGCAGCCUUGUGCAACAUGAUAGCUACCGUCCGUCUUCUGGAUCCGAACACAUGCAAAAGGUUCGAGCAGGUGGUUGACUCGACGGCCAACACUCCCGACAAGGCCGACUUUUUGCAUAUGUACGCCGGCACUCGGAAAGGGAUGCCGAAUUUGACCAGAGGGUGCCUGCUGGACGAUAUCAAAAGGUUCAUGGAGGAAGUCGAGGAUACACACCGCAAGCUUGUUGAUGACCUCGAGGUCAUCAAGCAAGAGAUUGGCAGGUCGAUCUACCUUAAUUCGAGGGGUUCGUCGUUCCAUUCGGCAGAGCUGAAGGAAAAGUGCUACGACUCGGACUCUACUGACUGAUCGGACUCCUGUUGCGGGACGCCGCCCCAUUUCGGUCGGGCCCAAGGAGCUGCAUAUUGGAAGGGGUGAUAUUGGUAUAGUUUCAGGAUGAUCUUCACGAAACGUUAUGGAGAUGAUGUCUGCUAAUAGGGGGCCUUGGGCAUUUGGUUCGACCUUUUUUAUUUGUGUGAUUUACCAGACACACAAAUACACGGCGUACACAGCUUGGGCACGCACGCAAUGCACAAUCACCACGUGGCUACCGCAGACAAUGCGAUCGGGUUUCAACACUGUAAAAUCCCCAUGGGGUUAGAGUAGUAGCCGACCGGUCUUCUGUAGUCACGGGCUAGAUACGAGAGACGUCAUGUCGGUAUUACAGUUCGGCAAAGCGAGCCAAUCAGGGCGCUAUAUGCCCUAGUCCCAACGUUGA